AAGAGUGAGAGGGAAAGUGGCCCCGGCAGAUCCGAUAAACGCCAGUUCUUUUCCACAUUUGGCGUCCUUGUAAAUGAAUAAUGGACUAAAAUCUAUGCAUCCGUUUCAUGGCUUUUUCUACAACACAACAAUAAGACCCUCUCUCUCUCUCUGUAUGCGUAUGAACACUACAGCUCUUUCUACAUCAGUAAUGGGUUUUUCUUGAUUCUUACUGGGGUUUCAAGUCUGGGUGUCCGGUAAUUUCUCAAUCUUCAUUUUCUUCUUUCUCAGGUCGAGAUAAAAAAAAAAAUGCAGUGUACAAGCUAUACUCUGGGAUCUUACUAUCUAAGAGAUCUUAAUGUAGGCCUUGGUGGGUGUUCAUGGUUGACGGCAAACAGUGAUAUUGUAUGGAAUGGUGGGCACAGGUUCAAUGUUUUGUUGCCUCAGCCUACUAUGGAUCAUGAUCUAGGUCCUCAGAAGGAAAUUUGUAGGCAGAUGAUGCUAAAGCACGAAUCGACAUUCAAAUAUCAGGUCUAUGAGCUGCACCGCCUAUAUAGAAGGCAAAAGGAACUGAUGGAGGAAACUAGAAACAGGGAACUAUUGGCGCACAGUUUAAAAUUGCCUUUGGUAUCUGAAGCAAUGUCGGAAAUCUCCAUGGAAACCCACUUGCCUUCAAGGAAUGUCUCGGGUAUUGGGCCCUCUUUUCCGAGUCCACAGAUGUUUCAAGAACCUUCACGCUUUGUAGCUGGAAACAAUGAGGAUCUGGCUACUCACAAACGUGCAAUGAAAGAUGAUUUUGAAGGAUGUGAACAUUCGUCAUCUCAAAGAAAGAAAUCUAGGAAGAGAAUGUUGGAUCUUGAACUUCCGGGUGAUUUGUACAUAGAUAGUGAAGAGGAAAAUGAGGUUCAAGUGCUUAAGACCCCAAUCACAAAUCUAUGGCCCGUAAAUGAAUCAAAACUUGCCUCUUUUUACCCAGAAGGUUCUUCCAUGUCUGAUUCAAGUUGCAGGAAGACCAACUUAUUGUUCGACUUGAAUGAGCCUGCACAGCCAGAUGAAUCAGAUUUCCUAAGUUCCUCGAGUCUUCUUGAAUCUGAUAGCAGUCAACAUGAUAUCGUGAAUCAGAAUCAGGAUCUUUCAGAAAAGGAAAAGUCAAUUGCAGAUUGCUCUUUUCCAAAUAAAGAAACUCUGCUUGAUAUUACGGUUAAAGAAGGUCAUUAUGAUGCUUGCAAAAUUAGUUCACAUCUCGAGAAAGACAAAGAAAAUGGGCUGCUACCUUGCAAUACUGAAGCUGGGGGAGAUAGAAGUGAUUUGAAUCAAUCUGUGGUAGAAUCCUGUUGUCUGACACCAAGUAAUGAAUGUAAACGAAGGAAAACUUUAGAUUCAAAAAUGUCUGAGAAGAACUGUGCUGAAGCUAAUAUUGGUGUUCCCUCUUUUGUUUCUUCUCUGGGAAAAUCAAUCAAUGACUCUAAGGAGUUCCCUAUUUUGGUUCAAGCACUUCCAUGCAUUAAUGACACUUCACUCAAUAAGUGUCAUAAAUCUUCUAUUUCCAAACCUAGGCUCAGUGGAAGAAAGUCCAGCCUAAACAAAAUAAAACCUGCAGGCUCCCAUUCAACACGAGAAGCUGACAGUGUUAACGCUACUGGGACAAAAGACAAGGUGACAGAUAGAAGCGGGAAGUACGAGGCUGCUGACAGUAAUUUGGAUCUUAUUCCUACAGAUGAUCGCGAGCUUUCAACUUGUAUCAACUUGACAGAGAGAGAUUUGAAAGCGCCUAUUAGCCCAGAGAACCGGGAGUGUUCUCCGCCUAGAGCAGAUUCUCAAGAGACACGGCUUGACGACCGAGAAGUAAGUGACAGGCUUGCAGCAGAUACAUUAGUAUUGAUUUUAUCAUCCGGGGUGCACAAGUAUUCGAAAACUGGUAUUGAGCAACCCAAAGACUCAAUUGGCUGCCUUGAUUGGUUUGCUGCAAUUGCAUCUACUUUGGUAAAUGAUCACGGAAAAAGAAUUGAGGCCACGAAAAAGAAUGUAGCAAACAGCAAGGCAAAAUAUUGUGCUCGUAAAGUGAAGGUCGAGAAUGUGAAAGAAACAGUUGAUGCAUCUUUGCCUUGUCGACUAAAAAAGACGAAAUCAGAGAUGGAAACCAAGGAUCGGGCAUGUUCAGGGAGGAGAAAAGCAAGGAGUGGCCAUGCGAAAGGGAUGAAAAGUUCGAAAGCUUUGAAUUCAAAUGCAUGCUCACAUUCCAAGCAGCAGACUGAUGGUAAGAAGCUCAAUUCCGAUGAAAGGCGAUUGAAAGUGUGGGGAAGUAAGAAGAAGCGAAUGGCUCGAGGUGCUAUAAGUACACCCGUUUUUCGGUUCAGAGAUUUGGUAUUUCAAGCUAAGGGCGAGCAAAUUUCUUCAGUAUAAACAGUACAGCAAACAAACCUCAUUGCUUCACUCAAUUCACUGCAUAUAAGUUAACUUGGUGAAGGCUUGAAGGGAUUUACUUUUGUUUAGAUUUUUCUUUUUAAGAAGAAUUGAACAAUGAAGGUUCUUUGCUCUUGUGUACAUACAAUUCUAGCUAGGACUGAGGAUUUGAUUAAUGGUAACUUACAAUUGAACUAUUGAAGUAGGUCAUUUUCAAUCUUUGCAUUGCUUUUGGGGCCCAAGUUUUUCUCAGUUGAGAUGUGGAAAAUACAAUGUUGGUCAGUUAACUAGCUGGCUUGGUAUCAUAAGGUUUCAAAUUCAAUUUUUUGUGUAA